CCACACCCAACUGCCCAAGUCAAUCCGCAGUCGUCUUCGUCACAAUGAAGUGGGCUACCAUCACCAUGGCUUUGCUGCCACUGGCCUCGGCCAGCGGCUUUACUCGUCAGGAAUAUGCCUCGGGAGAGGUCAUGGAGCUGAUGAUGAAAGGCAAGGAGGCUGCCUGGGCUAAGCAACGUGCUGCUGGCAAGUUCGACAGCGCUAGGUGGAACGGCUUUGAGAAGAAGAGGACCGACAAGGGCGUCAUCAAGUGCAAGUUUGGUCGUGUUGAGGCUGUCAAGGACGACCCAGACCAGACGUACAGGUGCAACAACAUUGACUUGUACGACUUCAAGACCCACGCCGAGCUUGGUGACUCUAUCGGAGAGGGUUCUGGAUCCUGGGGAUGGACGCACCGUGGCCGUGAAUUCAUUGCCAUCGGCCAAACCUACGGUGCCUCUUUCUCCGAGGUUACCAAGGAGGGAAAGCUCGAGUACCUUGGUCGUCUUCCCGCCCAGAAUGACUCUGUCAUCUGGCGUGAGAUCAAAGUCCUCGGAGACUCUCUUAUUGUCGGAUCCGAGGGUAUCGGCCACCACGUCCAGAUCUUUGACCUGAAGAAGCUUUUGAAGCUUUCUCCCAAGAAUCCUUACACCUUUGACAAGGUUAAGGAUGUUGCCCUCGUCGAUAUCAACCAGGGUAUCAAGGGCCGCACCCACACCGUUAUUGCCAACGAGGAAAAGAACUACGCCGUUGCCUGCGGUGCCGGCGGUCGACCAGGCCGUAACGAUACUUGUGCUGGCGGUCCCAUGUUCAUUAAUAUGGAUGAUCCAACUAAGCCCUACGUCGAGGGAUGUGCCCGGCAAGCGGGAUACUGUCAUGACGCACAGUGUAUCGUCUACCGUGGUCCUCACAAGAAAUACUACGGACGAGACAUUUGCUUUGGCUAUAACGAGAAUCAGCUUGUAAUUUACGACGUUACGAACAAAAAAGGCAUGGGUAAUGCGGGAGCCAUCAUUUCCCGCACUCCAUAUGUCGGCGCUUCGUACACCCACCAGGGCUGGGUUAUUGAUCCCUACUGGCAAACCCACCUUGUUAUGGACGACGAGCUCGACGAGGGCCAGAUCGAUCCUAACCGCACUGCCCCUGACUCGCCCGCAAAAGAUGGAAGGGCAGUAAGCUACGUGGUGGACAUCCAGAACCUCGAGAAGCCCUUUGUCAGCGGUCUUUACAAGACCACUGUCCGCUCCGUCGACCAUAACCAAUAUGUAUACGACGGUCUCUCCUACCAGUCAAACUACCAGGCUGGUCUCCGCAUCCUCGACGUCUCUUCGAUUCCAAAGUAUCCCGACGGUUCGAAGAUCAAGGAGAUUGCGUACUUUGACGUAUACCCUGGUGACGACGCCAAGCCCGGCGGUGGUGACGCUCUCUGGGACGCCGGCACCUGGUCCGCCUAUACCUUCAACUCUGGCUACGUCGUCAUCAACACUAUUGACCGUGGUGUCUUUGUUGUCAAGCAGGCAGAUGUCAAGGGCCUCAAGAAGGGCAAGGGUCAGUUCUGGAAGGACUAGAUUUAUUAUAACAAGUAAUCCAGCCAUCGCCAGAUUAAUGCUAAUAGAAACGAUAUAAAUGAUUUCAAUUUAAACGUGUGUUUA